UCCAUCCCAGGAUAACGUGAUCCAAUCCCUGCGCCUUCCUUGACGCUUGUGCUACCCGAAGUCACCGAAGGCGAAGAACGUGCAGAUGGCGGCCGCCAUCUCGAGGAGCGGCGCGGCGCUCUUCAUCUCUACCAUCAAUACCCGCCUCCAUUACAAUAAGAUGGUCUCCGUCUCUGCCCGUUGCUUCUCCAUCGUCCGCUCCCACGGGACCUUCACCGGUCGCCACUUCUCGCUCCUCCGCUCAUCCCGAACGGCGAGAGUAUACUGCUCCGACUCCCCUCAGUCGACGGCCGCCGAGGCCGCCAGUGCGACGGCGGAGGAAGGCGCUCCUCCUGGUCCCCCUCCGGACCCGCUUCGUGAGUCGGCCGACGCGCUGGACAUCCGGGUCGGGCGCAUCCUCAAGGCGUGGAGGCACCCUGAGGCCGAUUCCCUGUAUGUGGAGGAAGUGGACGUCGGCGAGCCGGAGCCGAGGACCAUCUGUAGCGGUCUCGUCAACUACAUUCCUUUGGAGCACCUCCAGGACAUCAAAGUUGUCGUUCUUGCUAACCUGAAGCCCAGGAACAUGCGAGGAAUCAAGUCAAAUGGAAUGCUUAUGGCUGCUUCUGAUGAAUCUCAUGAAAAUGUUGAGCUUCUUAUACCUCCCGAAGGUUCAAUCCCUGGUGAAAGAAUUUGGUUCGGCUCAGAGGAUGACAAAGAUAAGCAACCCGAUGCUGCAUCUCCUAAUCAGGUCCAAAAGAAAAAGAUAUGGGAGUCUGUUCAACCUCAUCUGAAAUCCACAGAUGAUUGUGUGGCUGUUCUGGGCAUCCACCCUAUGAGGACAUCUGGAGGCAUGGUUACAUGUAAAACUUUGAAGAAUGCAAGGAUAUCCUGAAUGAUUGAUGUACCAAUGCCAAUGUAUCUAUUGUGUCACAUGAAGAGAUGAACAUAUGCAAGAACCACAUAACAUCUGAUUGUGGAAUUUUAUUACAUGAGAUGGCUUCAGUGUCACACCGUGUAGGAGUUUUCAGCAGGUUGAGGAUGGUAUAUUCUCCCACUUUCCCUCUCUCCUCUUUCUUCUCCUGAUGACUUUGCCUUGGCAUCUCUCUGGCCUAUUCUCCCUUGUCAUCUUCCCUUUCUCAUUUUCUUUCUCCUUGUAUGUUCUCAAGGUUGCAUUUUCCCAUGAUCACUAUUUCUGUUCUUUGAUAUUAUUAUAUUUUGUUAAGAACAUAAGUAUCUAGGUAAUAUCUCAUCUACUAGCUUAAGUUUUUAAAUGAAAUGAUAUUGAAAAAAAAAUUAAGGUCAUGUGUUCAAGAGUUAUACAGGUAUAAAGAAUACAAAUAUAAAGCAUGAGGAGAGGAAAAAAUUAAUGACACUGAAGAAAUAAAUAAACUUCAUUUCUGAACCAGAAGUAUAAUGACUGCCACAGUCUAGCAUGCUUUCUGUCAUGCCUAGGAGGAGAUGAUGGAGACAGUAUUGAACUGAAGUGAUUGUUUUGAUGCAUAAAGAUGUGUAACUGUGGAGUAUCACCAUGGAAUAGUGUUGAUGAGAAGCUUGGAGGCCAAGUGCAAUGAGAGGCAAUCCAUUCCAUCUAGGACUGAAGAUGGACAAACUUGAAACUUUGGAAGCUUUUGAUGUAAGUAGGUUGAUUUGUUUGUACACAAACACAAGGACAACAGCAAAUGGGUUGUGCAUGAACCAUUGGUUAAUAAGGACAGCUGAGCUGAUGGGAUGUGACUGAUAUUAGAAUCAUUGAUGCAAUGAGGCCAGAAGAGAUACUGUGAUGUGACUCAGAGCCAACAUGUUCAAUGUUGAACUCUCUCCAUGCAAAUACUGUGUAAAUACUUUGUCAUGUCACUAUCCAUUGCAGCCAUCAUUGUUGUUAAUACUAUAUAAACCAAUGGCUUUGAGUUG